GUUCAUGAGUGUUGAUGAUUGUUGAAACGUGAACACAUGUUGACAAAAAAACACAUCGGCAUAGCAAUAUACAAUUCAUAAACAGCCAACAUGAGAGAUACACCGUUAUCAAACUGCGAGCGAGACUUUUUACUAAAAGCUAUUGAAGAAAAAAAGCGUUUGGAUGGGAGACAGACCUAUGACUACAGGAGCAUCAAGAUCUCGUUCGGGACAGAUUAUGGUUGCUGCUUUGUUGACCUGGGGAAGACGAGGAUCAUGGCCCAGGUGUCCUGUGAGCUCAUUACUCCGAAAGAGAACCGACCGAAUGAAGGAAUCAUGUUCUUCAACAUUGAGCUGUCUCCCAUGGCUUCACCGUCAUUUGAGAUGGGCAGGCAGUCAGAGCUGUUGGUGAAGCUGAACAGACAGUUGGAGAGAUGCCUCAGGAACUCCAAGUGUAUAGACACAGAGUCUCUGUGUGUGGUGUCUGGAGAGAAGGUGUGGCAGAUUAGGGUGGACGUCCACUUGCUGAACCACGAUGGUAACCUGAUGGACGCUGCCAGCAUUGCUGCCAUCGCGGCCCUCUGUCACUUCAGACGGCCCGAUGUGGGCAUCCAGGGAGAGGAAGUCACUGUGUACAGUACAGAGGAGAGAGACCCCAUUCCCCUCAGCAUCUACCACAUGCCCAUCUGUGUCAGUUUCUCCUUCUUCCAACAAGGGACCUACCUGUUGGUUGACCCGUGUGAGCGUGAGGAGCGUGUGAUGGACGGCCUUCUGAUGAUAGCCAUGAACAAACACAGAGAGAUCUGCUCCAUCCAGUCUAGUGGAGGCAUCAUGCUGCUCAAAGACCAGGUCCUCAGGUGCAGUAAGAUCGCUAGUGUCAAAGUGUCAGAGAUCACAGAGCUAAUCAACAAAGCCUUGGCGAACGACAAGAAGGCCAGAAAAACUGGGGGUAAGUUUGGCUUCGCAGAGUCGUUGCCCCAGGAGCGAAUCACAGCGCUGAAAACAGACGUGUCACCUGUGGAAAUGAGUGACGUCAAGGAGAAGGCCAAUGAGAUCGUCCAGAGAGCUGAGGUCCCACCCCAAACCGUUCCCUCUCCAGUGUUAACUGCUCCAGGUACAGGCCAGGUGGGGGAGGGGAUAGAGAACUCCUGGGGUCUGGAGGAAGAGGAAGAGGAGGAGGAGGAAGAAGAGACCAUGGAGUUGGAAGAGGGACAUGAGGAAAAGGAGAGAGGUGACGUGGUGGUCAUCUCAGACAGUGGCAGCGAGGAGGAGGAUGUUGUCAUCUUGAACCAGGUGACAACAAAGGAGAAGGCCUGCAGCUCUAACCAACAGGGGGCAGUAGCUUCCAAGCAGCAGAAAAAGAAGAAGAGGAAGUGAAAUAUGUUUUUUUUCUUGAGCGGAUGGAACAUAAAUACGAAUAAAUAGUAGACUGGAAAUUGACCACAAGAAGCCCCAAAAUAUAUGACUGAAACAAUAAUUUCAAACCAUGCUUACAUUUGUAUACAAACACUUGUCUCUCUAUUAUGUGUGAGAAUACUUGAACAGAUUUCCAAAAUUAAAAUCACUUGGAAGAUGUUUUCCUGGUGUUUUUACAGUCUUUUGUCUCCAACCAUGAAAAAACAUUUCGUUUUUUUGCUCAGAAAAUUUUAGGGGCCCAAUAAAACCACCCGCGGGCCAAAUUCAGCCAGUUGGGGAACCUUGCAGUAGAUGUAUUGUUUGUAAGGCACCACCUGAAGCAUAUACAGUGUAUGUAUUGUUUAUUAGGCACCACCUGAAGCAUACACAGUAUAUGUAUUGUUUAUUAGGCACCACCUGAAGCAUAUACAGUGUAUGUAUUGUUUAUUAGGCACCACCUGAAGCAUAUACAGUAGAUGUAUUGUUUAUUAGGCACCACCUGAAGCAUACACAGUAGAUGUAUUGUUUAUUAGGCACCACCUGAAGCAUACACAGUAGAUGUAUUGUUUAUUAGGCACCACCUGAAGCAUAUACAGUGUAUGUAUUGUUUAUUAGGCACCACCUGAAGCAUACACAGUAGAUGUAUUGUUUAUUAGGCACCACCUGAAGCAUACACAGUAGAUAUAUUGUUGUAUUGUGGCUGGAAUCUUUGACUAUUUUUAGGGCCUUCCUCUGACACCGCCUGGUAUGGAGGUCUUGGGUGGCAGUAAGGCACUGCCUGAAGCAUACACUGUAUAUGCACUUCAAUAAAAAUGUGUUGGA